AUGUCACCCCCGUACCAGAUACCAGGUAUCCAUUUCUUGCCUUACCAGAUUGCGAAUGGAGCUUGGAAGGGCCGUGGUGCAUGGAGUCAGACCAAUGUGUACCAGUCGACGUGUCGGAUUCAGUUGGCUACGAUGAUGAUGGAGAUCAAGGGGUGGUGGGUAGUGCAACGCAAAACGAGAAGAAAAACGCAAUUUGUAGAUGCAAUAAUAUACAAAAUCACGGCGCUAGGUUCCGCGCUACGGCGGCCUCGCCAUUCUCCCCGUCCCAUCUCCGGGGAGCUUCUUUCAUUUGCGAUAAACCAAAUCUCCGCCGCUACCGUCGUCUUUCGUCGUCGUCUCUUUCUUCGUGUCCAAUCAGGCACUUUCUUCCCUGAGCCGGCCCGCCAGCCAGCAUCGCGUUGCCAUCUAAAUGAUGUGCGUAUGCAUCGUAACAGCGUAACCAUCGUGAAGGGGGUUUCCGGACCAUAUGCCAACACGCGUGGGUGA